AUGCCCAGCGAGAAGGAGUACAAGGCCCUUGUUGUCAGACAAAUGACGCAAUUGCUGAAGAUUGGGAUCACUCUCGAGCCCUUGUACGAGGCUUCUUAUCCCAUGAAGUCCUACGGUAGUAAAGCCAUGACUCGCUCGUACUCAGUAUACCACUGGAUCCUGCAGCGCCAACACACCUUCCAGGCCAUUGUGUUCCACGAUUUCGCCGCGCUG